UAAAAUUUCCCAAAAAAAAAAAAAAAGGUGUUUUCUGUUUUUAAUUUUUUUUAAUGCGGUCGAGUACCAAAGCAAUCUGACUGGUAGUAUUGUUUUUUAUUCCCUCACGCCGAUUCAGCGCCGUUGGGGCUCCAAACACGGAGAAGAAGAAAAAGAACGAAGAAGAAGAAGAGGAAGAAGAAACUCUCACUUUCCUCUCCUGUGAGACCGAAGUUCAGAGCCAUGGAGGUGAUGAAGGAAGUUGAGAAUCCUCCUCAUCUGGGCAUCGAUUCUGAGAAGAACAAGAGCAUUCCAGAGCUCAUCAUGAAUCUCAGAACCGCUUUUAGAACCGAGGAUUUCGACAUGGUCGAAGGGAUUCUGGUGGCUAAAGAAGCGGAGAUGAAGCUAGAAAUAGAGAAGAUGAAGGAAGAGAUUUCUCUGUUCCAGAAAGAAAGGGAUUUUCACAGUCUAGAGAAGAUCAGAUACGAGAAGGAGUUCAAAGCCUCGAAUGAGAGAGCAGAUAAAGCCAAGGAAAGCUACGAGAAGCUUCUCAAAAAGGUUAAGGUUAAUAAGAGAGUUGAAGAUAACCAAACCACCAUUGACGAGCUGAGGAAGAAGAACGCCGAGUUGGAAUCUUUGAUGAAUUUGGCCAAAGAGGAACGGGAUUCUCAUUGCAUAGAGAAGGUGAAAUUUGAGACCCUGUUCAAUGAUUUGAAUGAGAGGGCGAAAGAGGCCAAUGAAAGAUAUGAGAAGCGUAUGGAACAAGUUAAAAAUAGUUAUAAAACCACCAUUGAUGAGCUGAAGGAGAAGAACAGUGAGUUGGAGUCUGAAAAAAAAGGGGCUGAAGAGGAACUCAAUCGGUGGAUGAGCAGGUACGAGCAACGAGUCUCCAGGUUAGAGGAAGACGUAAAGAUGUUGAAUAGCAGCAAUGCUUUGGAGCGUUCAGGUCCUGUGGAGGUUAUCGAAGGGAAUGGAGACGACGACAAUGGCGAAAAUGGUAUUGGGGAAUCUGUUCGUCUUCCAUCAGAGGAGGAGAAUGUGGCUUCUAAUUGGAAUGAAAAUGCCAGAGUUGAACAGAAUGAGGUCUCUGCUCCUAGUCCACUAACCGAAGGUGAAGAAGGCUCUGGAAAAUUUGCACCUGGAGACCCUAUUUUGAUUGCCGAUAGUGAUGAUGAUUAUAUGCCAGUGAACAAUAAAGGAAAAUCUCAAAAUCUUGCAGACAUUGAAGAUUCUAGCAUGAUGGGUAUGGAAAGGAGAAGACUGCUCAAAAGAAAACGAGCUUCAUCUAUUGAUUUAUGUGAGAGUGAGAGCAAUAAAAUUCAUGAAGACAAUACGAUUCCAAGUCAUUGCUCUGAAAAAGGUAUUCCUUCUGUUGCUAAUGAUGUUGAAGAACUGCGUAGACCAUUAAGUCAAGAUCAAGCGAUCUUGAGAGGAUCUGAAGAGAAAAUAGCAACAGUACCACCAUUUCCAACUAUUUUAAACAGGUUUUCUGGAGGCAGGAUUGAUGAACUUGUAGAUAUUGAGGAAAGUACCAGCUCAUCUGAAUCUGAUGAUACGGAUAGCACCAGUGAUGCUGAUGCUGACAUUAAUGAGCUUCUAUCAAAAUAUCAAAAGACUGGAGAAAAUAAAAGAUGGGCAUCUGAAGCUGAUAUGGUUUCAGCAUUUGAGAAAGAUCCCGAACUUUGUUUGAAUGCUGUUUGUGCACUUUAUAGACAGCAUAAAUCAGUAAUGGAAUCAGCAUCACCUGGGGUUUAUCCAUUUUCAGAUGACAGAGGAUUCAAAAAGUUCGAUGCACCCAGGGGAAUUCGUUUGGCCAGGUUUCUUAUUGAUGAGGAUCCCCAUGGGAAGUUAAGAAGAUCUGUGAAGGAGUUGGAGCUUCAAAACAGGAAAGGACUUUCUGAGUGCAGAAAACUAGCAGUUGAGCACUCUAAGCAACUAUUUAAGAUAUACCAGAAUAAAGAGGAUCCUUUCUUCAUUCCUUCAUAGAUGGAGCUUACAACUUUGAGGCUGGUCAGUAAUCAGUCUUCUAGAUAGGUAUAUAAUUUGGCAAAUGCAAAGCAAUCAAGAGAAAGUGAGAUCUCUGAAUUCUGCAAUUCUGUGCCCUUUUUGUUGGUUUUACUGUAGAGACAUAUAUGCAUGGUCAAAAUGUUGAUAGGCGACCAAGUCCUUGGCUAAUUAUACAAGUAGUCUGAAAGCCUUUUUCUUGUUCUCUUAACGUUUACACAAGUAAAAGCUAUGACUCUUUUGUGACUUUAGAUCCUCUAGUACAGAAACUACUUUGUUCAUAACUAUGACCAUGUAUACCAAACGAGGCUGGCAAGACCAGUUUGCUAAUCUAUUCAACCUUGUUCACUAUUGUCUUUAAUAUAUAUAUAUAUAUAUA